AUUCCUGGCGACGGGGAAUGCCUCGACACGGAGAUGUGUUCGGCGCUUUGGUUGAUGACGAACAUUAAGGAGCCACCACGCUGAGGAUCGUUUAUGUCCCAGUUACUACGCCGUGUUCACGGAUUUUCACGUCACUUGUGUGAGUGGACUCAGAGAAGCACCAUGGCACCUGGAAAGAAGAACAGAGUAUUUGUCAUAGGAGUUGGCAUGACUAAGUUUGACAAGCCUGGAGCUCGGGAAGGUGACUAUCCUGAUAUGGUUAAGGAAGCAGGUGAAAGGGCUCUAGCAGAUGCAGGAAUCCCAUAUUCUGCCAUUGAACAAGCUUGCGUAGGAUACGUCUAUGGUGACUCCACAUGUGGACAAAGGGCCAUUUACCACAGCCUGGGUCUGACCGGCAUCCCCAUUAUCAACGUCAACAACAACUGCUCCACAGGUUCCACUGCUCUCUUCAUGGCACGCCAGCUGGUCCAGGGAGGUCUUUCUGAUUGUGUGCUUGCUCUUGGGUUUGAGAAGAUGGAGAGGGGCUCUCUGUCUGCAAAGUACAUGGAUAGGACAAAUCCCGUAGACAAGCACAUGGAGGUGAUGAUCAACCGCUAUGGGAUGGCAGCAGCGCCAGCAGCACCACAGAUGUUUGGAAAUGCCGGCAGGGAGCAUAUGGAGAAAUAUGGCACAAAGCCAGAACACUUUGCCAAGAUUGCCUGGAAAAACCACAAACAUUCCACCAAUAACCCGUACUCCCAGUUCCAGGAUGAGUACAGUCUGGAGCAGGUGAUGAAAUCCAGGAAGGUGUUUGACUUUCUUACGCUCCUGCAGUGCUGCCCUACAUCAGAUGGUGCUGGAGCAGCAGUUUUGGCCAGCGAGCCCUUUGUCAGGAAAUACCACCUGCAGAACCAGGCGGUGGAGAUCGUGGCCCAGGAGAUGGUGACCGACCUGGCAUCCACAUUUGAAGAGAACAGCUGCAUUAAAAUGGUGGGGUAUGACAUGUCCCGGCUGGCGGCUAAGAAGUGUUUCCAGGCCGCUGGUCUGAAGCCAAGUGACGUUGAUGUGGUCGAGCUGCACGACUGCUUCUCAGCCAAUGAGCUCAUCACGUAUGAGGCCUUGGGGUUGUGUCCAGAGGGUAAAGCUGGAGAACUGAUUGACAGAGGGGACAACACAUAUGGAGGCAAGUUUGUGAUCAAUCCCAGUGGUGGCCUCAUCUCUAAAGGACAUCCUCUUGGUGCCACAGGUCUGGCCCAGUGUGCAGAGCUAUGCUGGCAGCUCCGAGGGAUGGCCGGGCGAAGGCAGGUCUCUGGGGCAAAAGUGGCCUUGCAGCACAACAUUGGCUUGGGAGGAGCAGUGGUUGUCACACUUUACAAGAUGGGUUUCCCAGAGGAGGCGAGGUCCCGCGUGGGUGCAGUUCUCACCAGCUCAGGCAGCGGUCUGGAAGGGUUUAAAGCUUAUCCUGUCUUCAAAGAGAUUGAAAAACAUCUACAGCAGGAGGGAGCGCAACUUGUUAAGAAGAUUGGUGGAGUGUUUGCAUUUAAAGUGAAGGACGGCCCUGGUGGGAAAGAGGCGACCUGGAUUGUUGACGUGAAAAAUGGUAACGGUUCUGUCACAAACGACCCAGGUAAAAAGGCAGACUGCACAUUAUCCUUGAGUGACGAGGAUCUGCUGGAUCUGAUGACAGGAAAGCUGAACCCACAAACGGCGUUCUUCAAGGGAAAGCUGAAGGUCGCUGGGAACAUGGGCAUGGCUAUGAAGCUCCAGAACCUGCAGAUUGCACCAGGGAAGGCCAAGCUGUGAGAGCCUUGGCUGUCUUCUUCAUGUUAAACGCAAAUUUGUUGGAAAAACUGAAAUCUGCCUGUUGAAUUGAACUAACUGACCGAUGAUUUGUCAAAUACUUUGACAUGCUUGGUGUUGAAAGUCCAUUAAGUUUCAUUUCCAGCUGCAGCUUUGAUAUCAGAGCACACUGCGCGGUUCUGUGAUUAUGUCGGUUCUUUAAGCCUAACGUGAUGUGUGAACUAUUCACAGCCAGUUCAAAUUAUGGAAAUACUCACAUGCUGAUCCUUUAAUUUCUAUAAUAAUGUAUUCACAAUCUCAAUGUGCCCUAAUCUGUCUGUAAGAAUUGCAUUUGAGGGUUUUUGAGGAAUUAUUUUGCACAAAAUGGACAUCUGUAAAUGAAAUCCAGGUUUUUUAAAUGAAACGAAUAAAAUCUCUAACAAUU